AUGGCAGCCACAUUGCCAAAUGCGAACGUAACAAUCACUCUUUUGAACAAGAAAUUAUGUUGUGAGGAGAAAACCACAAACGAGGAAACACCGAUAUUCUUUGCUGUGAAAAACAACCAGAUGGAACAAGUGAAAACCCUUCUGAAAUACGGAGCCAACCUCAGAGCGAGGGACAUAAACAGCAAUACAGUACUUCAUGCAUUAUGUUCUGAAGAAGGAGAGAUUAAUAUCGAACUGUUAGAAUUUUUAUUAAAUGUCGGUUGUGACCCGAAUUCAUUUGGCAAAAAUUCGUGUACCCCUUUACAGAUGCUUGCUGAAAAUGGAAGAAUAAAUAAUGCAUUGGAGUGUGCAGAAUUACUGAUCAGAAGAGGAGCUGAUGUCAAUUUGCAAAACCUUCACGGCGACACAGUUCUGCAUACAUUAUCCUACUCUUGUGACGAAUCCCAGUUCAUUCUCUUUCUCGAAUUACUGUUGAAGAGUAAAGCUGACACGAAUAUAGUCAAUCAUGACAACAAAACAUUUUUGGAUGAAUUAUUAUUGGACUGCUGCCAUUCUAGACGACAUACUAUUUUGAAACAUCUGAUUUUGUUAGAUAUCAAUGGAAAAUAUCAAUUCUGUGUUAAUCCAAUUCAUUGUGAUUCGUUGGAUGUCGAUUUCCAGAAAAGGAGUAGAAAAGAAUUGCUUCAUUUACGGUCCCGCAAAAUAGCUCAAUUCCAAUCACAACCGGAAUAUUCUCUGGUGAGAAUACUAAGUUCGACUGUAAGGGAAGUGUCCAGAUUGUGUUGGAAUCAAACAUUGAUAACAGCCAUGUCUGAAUUCAAGGAAAGAAAAUUCCCAAUUUACGGUCGUGAACUCAAAUGCAAAUUUGAAGCUGGGUUAAGACUAUUCCUGGAACAACAAGCAGCUCAUGAAUUUUUCACUGUCGUCUCUAAAGGAAAGCUCAAUUAUUAUACCAUAAUCGAAAUUUUAAAAUACAUACCAGUACAAGAAGUGGGCAAAUGUUCAUUGACCUCGACCUAG